UGACCCGGGGUUUAAAGGGUCCUGACCAAUCAGAAUGUAGAGUAUGUAGUUCCAGUGAAGUCCGGUGGCAGGGGACAGAGGGGACAGGUGAGACUCCUGAUUGCUGUGCAGCAGGAUGAAUUUAAGAUUGUUGCCUUGAACACUACAAAGCAGUUAUGUUGAAGACUUUUGCCAGUACGGUUUUAAGGUGCCAAAAUGGGCUGAGGAGGAGCACUUUUCAAUGCAGACAUUUGUAUGUACCCAUCAUGGUAGUUAGUAGGAUAUAUACUUCAAAAUCAAAUACAGAUGGGCAAAACAUUGGAGAAGAAAACCAAAAAACAAUUGAAAGCCUCUACAAAUUAUCCAUCAAUAUUAAAAAGAUUCGCCAGUUAAAAGGUUGGGUUCUUUGUAAGGAGGUGGCGUAUGUAGAAGAGACGGCUGAUAUCCUGAAAGGAAUGGGAGCAAACUCCAUGACCGUGGCCAAUAUUCUAGAGUCUUGUCCUGAGGCUUUUCUACAGGAGCCUGCAGAGAUCAAUGUCCAAAAAUCCAUCUGGAACUUGGUGUGUCCCAAAGAUCAGGAGCUGAUCACCAUUAUUGAAAAGUUUCCCGAUUCUUUCUUUGGUUAUAAGAGUUUCAAAAACCAACAAGACAACAUCAGGUACAUUCAAGACCUAGGACUCAGUAACAAAAUAGUUUGCCGGCUGUUAACAAGCGCUCCACAGAUCUUUUGUAAUCAGAUAGAAGACAAUAAGAAAACAAUUAACGCUCUAAGAGAAAAUUACUGUAGUCUGGGAGGAACAAAGGAAAACUUUAAAACUUGGUUAAUGAAAUUGUUAAGUCAAGAUCCAUUUGUGCUCUCAAAGUCCUAUUUGGCUUUUAAGGAGAAUGUGAAAUUUCUACAGAAUUUAGGUUUUAACGAUGCAGAAGUGUUAAAACUUUUGUCCAAGCUUAAAGGUUUUAUUUUUGACAUGACUUGUAGUAACAUGGAACUGGGUAUUCUGUUUACAAAAACCACCUUUGAUUGUAGCGCUGAAGAGCUAAGGCUGCUAGUUAUGAAAUGUCCGGCUCUUAUUUAUUAUUCAGUUCCACUGCUUGAAGAUCGAUUGAAAUAUUUACUCCAAGAAGGUGCUUCUGUAAGACAAAUUAAGGAGUGCCCCAAUGUUUUGGAGCUUACGCCACAAAUUGUACAGUUCAGAGCAAAAAAAGUCAAACAGUUAGGCCGGGAAAUAAAGGACCAAGGUUUGGAGGUACUUAACGGGACUAAGAAAGAUUUUGAGUCCAAUUUUGGCAAGUUGCAAUUCAAAAGUGAAAGACCCUUGUUUAAUCCUGUUGCCCCAUUGAAUGUGGAGGAAUGAUGUGGAACUGCCAGUUUACAUGGAAGGAAUGGAAGUUGGCAAGCUGUAAAACGCACCAUGAACUGAUAUUUAGUUGAGAAAGCAGACCUUUCUGUAAAAAAAAAAGUGGAACUACUUUAUAAGAAAAAUAACAUGACAUACUGUAUACUCUGUUCUGCCUGUAGAAUAUUUUUUCCGUUUCUUUAACAGAACAAGCUUUCCAACUAAAGUGCUAGUAUAGUGGCACAAACAAUAUAACACUGGAGGGAGGCUUACAAUAUUAUUAAAAAAAAACCUUUGCUUUAACUUCUUAAAA